UUGGAAAAGGAUCAAAGAGACAUGAGGUGGGCCUUCCACCCACACUCAUUGGUCUAUUGAGACAAAAAGGACCAUGUACCAUCCUCCUCCCUCAUUUUUCGUCCAGCACUACUCCACCAAGACCAAGGAAGCUCUCAACCCUCAUUCUCCAUUGUUGAAGGGAGCUCAUCAAGGAAGAAUCUCAAGAAAAGGAAUUAAGGUGCUAAAAGGGUGAAAAAUUAAGGAACUUGAUUAAAGUAUUUUUGAGCUUCGCCGGAGUUGGUCAAAGUUCGCCGGAGUUGGUCAAAGUUCGCCGGAAUUAGUCAAAGUUCAAUCGAGAAGCGUAGAACGCGCUUAAGCUCACUUAAGUUUCAGGUAGAACUUGAAGGUUGCUACUAUCGCCGUUGCUUUCGGGAGGAUCCAAGGAGUGAAGACGUGACGCCUUGUAUAGUAUGGAUGUGUUGGACUGCGAUUGACUAUUCGUACUGUACGGCGGAUUGUUGACGUGUCCGGUUAGGUCCGGGGCGUGACAGACCAAAUGGGGAAGACUGAUGCAGAUUCAUAGCUAUUUUAUGGAGUCUGUGGAAGAGGAGAAAUGGAUGUGUCUGGAAAGACGAAUGGCAAGGAGCGGCAGAUGUUAUCAACUCAGCGACGGGAAUUAUCUCGGGAUGGAGAUCAGAGAUGCGCAAGGUUCUGAGAGUACAGAUGGGUCUAGGAGAGAAAAUAAUUCCUUGACGGUUUGGAAGCGUCUGCAAGAGGGUUUUGUAAAGAUUAAUGUUGAUGGGGCGGUGGAUGAAAGCACACAUACUAGGGCCUGGGGAUGGGUGGCACGGGACCAUUAUGGUAAUUUCUUGAAGGCGAGAGGGGUCUCCGAAGCAACUAGUUGGUCAGUGGUGGAAACAGAAGCAAUGGGUGUUCGGGAUGCUUUGAUGGGAUCGGCUGAGGCAGGUUGGUCACAUGUGGAGGUGGAAACAGAUGCUCUCUCGGUGGUCCAGGGUCUAAAAUUGAAGGGGGGUCUUCUUGCCUUUUCCUUAUUCUUGAUGAUAUUUGGCAUUUACUAAAAGAUAAGAGUAAUUUCAUUGUCUCUUUUUGUAAACGAUCCGCGAAUCGUGUUGCCCCUGCUUUAGCAAGAGCACAUGUGUCAAUCUCGGAUCAGUACUAUUGGUAUGAUAGUAUUCCUGACUCUAUUGUAAGCCUAUUGGCGCAUGAUUUGGUGAAUUAAUAUAUCUGUCAGUUGGAGUAAAAAAAAAACAAAUUCAUACUCA